UGAGGUGACAUCAUCGUUAGCAGCAGUUAGCCGGUGUCCUCCUCAUUAGCUCAGAAAAGAUACGAGACCGUCGCCCGUCUGCCAUCAAACAGCUCCCAAAAACAGACAUGUCGGACUUCACAGAGGACCAGAUCAUGGAGUUCAAGGAGGCCUUCCUUUUGUUUGACCGGACGGGUGAUGGGAAGAUCACCUACAGCCAGUGUGGUGAUGUUAUGCGAGCCCUUGGACAGAACCCUGUUAAUGCGGAGGUGCUCAAGGUCCUGGGAAACCCUAAGUUAGAAGAGAUGAACUCAAAGAUGCUGGAUUUUGAGCAGUUCCUGCCCAUGCUUCAGGCCAUUGCUAAGAACAAGGACCAGGGCUCCUUCGAGGAUAUCGUGGAGGGUCUACGUGUCUUUGACAAGGAGGGAAACGGUACAGUGAUGGGAGCAGAGCUGCGUCAUGUUCUCACCACACUAGGUGAGAAAAUGACAGAGGAGGAGGUGGAGACUCUUUUAGCAGGACAUGAAGACGCCAACGGCUGCAUUAAUUAUGAAGCCUUUGUCCGCCACAUCAUGUCCGGCUGAGCAGAGGAACUUGUUCGGAUGGUGAUGAGCGGCUGAGGAUUUCAGAAAUACGCUUCCAGCUUUUAUUUUACUCUUGAAUGUUUUUGUAUUGUUUGUCUUGUAUUGUCCUUCUAUCCUUGUCAUCCUACCUCCAACAAGCCUGUUUUCUUUUUCUUUUUCUUUUUUUUUUUACAUCUGUAUUUGAUUUAAAAAGUGCCUUUUCUGUAGAAACCCUUUCAUUUCAUUUUCCAAACAUUACUCAGCCUCACAAGAACAAUCUGCGUUCCUCUCAUUAUUAGACCUGUUCCAUCUUUGUCAAUCAACCUGUCAGUCUUGUUGUCAGCAACUUUUUUUGUUUUUGUUUGGAUGGAUAUGAUAAUGUGACAUGUUACAUUCAACAGUAUUGAAUAAACAUUAUUUCCAAAGAGA